GCAGAUAGCUUUGCUAAUCAACCUUACUUUUAGGGGAGGAGAAGGGGAAGCUACCACAUGAAGCCUUUGUAAGGGUCUGAGAUUGAGAUGAGUAUGUCGCUGAAGGAUCGAGACAUGCGCGCACCUUUGGCCUGGAGGCUAGCGGUUCGUAUUUCCAAGUUGAUGAUAAUAUCACAGGCUAAUUUUGAAUGAUAGAUACUAGUAUAAUUCCAAAUUUGUGGGCGCGAGAUAAGGAAACCAUCGAGUAGCCGCCAAUGAUCAAAUGCGACAGACGUAUUAUGGACGAUUGGAAGGUUCUGUCUACGAACGUCACUGAAGAAACGAGAUCUGGAAGUAGGUUUCUUAUUUCUCCUAUUUAUGAUUAGACUGAUUUUUUUCGUAGGAGAACCUUGGGGAGAUAAUUGUGGCGGCACUACCGGGGGUUAAAUCCCAAGUAGAGGCCGUCGAGAAUCUACUACGACAUGAAAUGGUCAACCUGACCGUUCAAAACCGCCAAUUGCAAAGUCUUGACCAGCAAUAUGGUGGCCAAGAAAGUCUCAUUGCGGGUAUUCAGAGUACUUUCAGUAAAGUGGAUACAAACCAGCUGGGAAAAAUCGCACUCGAAAAUCAGAAAGGAACGCUAGAAAGAACCUUUGCGGUGUUAGAGGAGGAAUGGGAACGUAACCGAGGGACUCUGGAGAGGCAAUUACAGGAUACUGUUUUGGGGCGUGAUGCCCUUCCGGAAGCGAAUUUGGAGUUGAGCAAGGCAAUUUCAAUGAAGGGUACCGGUAAGUGUUCUCUUUAUAAUAACAAGAACUCUUACUAAUAAGAUAUAUUAGAAAUUGCCCCAUCCAACCAAAAAGCUGAAGAUGAGGGAAAGAAGUAUCUUGAAUUGAAGGCAGAUAUGCAACAUCUGAAUGAGAAGUUUGACUCUCUGGAGUUAAAAUGUUCAAACUUGGGUGCACAAAACGAGUCGCUUCAAACAUCCCAAGGCCAAAAUGAUGUCAUAACCGCCUUUAACUUACCGAUGUUGGCUUGGCUUCACCCGGGUGACGGUUUCACCACCACAGCGUAG